AUGGACGAUUCUUCAUUUGUUGAUGAUACACUUAGAGGUUCUUUAAAUUAAUCAUAAUAGUCACUCAUCAGAGCAGCUACUAAAAAGACUUUUGGCCUGAAGAAAAAAGACUCCAAAGUAGCUUAAUCAAUUGCAAGCUUCAAGAAAGUCAAGACUGAGGACUAAGAUGAUAUUCAUGAUGCUUCUUCAAACGAUUUCACACCUAUAGAUUAAAUGUAACAGAAUGAUGAAUUGGAAGACAAUCGUAUUUUAAGUGGGGAUGCUAGGUAAAUUGGAGCUGAUUAUAUUGAGGCUAAGACAGUGAAAGGUCACAAUGAUAAAGAGCAAUUCGGAAAUCUAGAAAAAUUAGGAGUCAAAGAUGAAUACUUAAAAUGCAGGAAACGACUUAAAGUCAUUGACACUCUAGGAGCAAUUAUUGCAAUUAUAAAUGGUUUACUAUCUUACAUAGAAGUAAUGAGUUUUUAGUCAAUAACCCUCAAAUAGAACGAAUAUUUCAGAAAUGAAAUAGUUGAAAAUGGUAUUAUAAUCAAAGAAAGCUAUAAAAGUGGGCAAACAGAAACUAAUCUGAGAUUUAUUAUUAUUAUAUUUGUAAUAGUACUAGAUAUUUUGAUUUUCAUGCACUAUAAAUUGAAAUUUGAAAAGCUUAAAAUUGAACUUAAGAGGAAGAGAUCUGAAAAUCUUUACAAUUCCGAUCUAUGCCUAUUCAUGGUCAUUGAACUUAUUAUCUGCUCAUUCUUUACUCCUCCGUAUCUUGAUUACGCUUUUUCAGGGAAAAUGCUAGGAGGAAAGUACAUAUAUUCUUUAAAUGAUUUGAUUGUUGUCGCAUCAUUAAUGAAGAGUUACAAUCUUGUGAGACUCUAUUACCAUUAUUCUAGGUGGACUACUCCUGAUGCUGAAGAACUAUGUAAAAGCCAGAAUAUACUAUAUAGAACUUUUAUUUCAUCUGAUGGAAAGACCUUUGCUUUUGAGUACAUUUAUAAUUCAAUGUGGUUAGUUAUUAUCACUAUGACUACUGUGGGUUAUGGUGAUAUUUAUCCUCAGACUCAUUUUGGAAGAUUCUUUGGUGUUAUCAGUUGCUUGAUUGGAAUGCUUUUGGUCUCUUAUUUAGUCGUUGGUAUGAACAGUCUAUUCGAUUUCACUCCUCAGGAAUAGAGGGCCUAUGGUAAGCUUAAAAAAUUGACAGCAACUGAUUAUGCCAUGUAAAAAGCAGCCAAUGUAAUUAAAACAGCCUUUAAAAUCUCUAAAAACAGAAAGAAAAGACUUCACAAAAAGUUUAUCUAUUUCCUAUUGCUUAAAAAGCAUAUUUCACUCUUUAAAAAUGAAAAUAAGAUUGCUCAUUCAAGACUCUUACCUACUGAUUAAAUGAUUAAAAAUUUAGAGGAAAAAUUGAGAACAGACCUUCAUGAGCUAAGAGAUAAUAUAUUUGAACUAGCCAACUUUGAAGAGAGAUGUGAAUAGAUAAGGAUAGAUUAAGAUAACUAAUAUAAUUAUUUUACAAAAUUGUUAAGCACUCAGGAAUAAAUAGCACAAAUUUUGUUGGAGUAUAACAACACUAUUUAUAAUGAGCAAGCGAAUAAAAUGUAAAGAUGA